AUGAGAAUCUCCGAAUCGAUUUACAGCAAAAGGAAGUGUUGAAAAUAUGCUAAAAUGAAGCUUAAUUGGAGAAAUUGGUGCCGGCUUUGUGCGGAGGAGAAGGCCGACUAUGUCCUGGACUCGAUCGAAGAUAUCAGCCCUCUCUACCGGCAUUUGCAGCUGUCUCUCUACGAAAUUAAGGAUUUAAAGAUACGAAUAUGCGAAACAUGCUACGAGUUCGUGCAAAAACUGGAUCCUUUUAAGCAUCGCUUCGAGCAAACCAACGGACUGUUUACGUAUCUUGCCAACUACAGCAAAAUGAAGCUGGACAACCUGGACAUCAACGAGAUACGGGCUCGCUAUCUGGGCGAUUUGUUCGAUGACGAUGCACCCGAGAUGCUGCUGCCACAUUCGGAUCUGGAAGAUAAGGGUCUGGUAAAUGCGAGUUCUCUGGAUGAAAUCGAACUCAUUGAGCAUAUCGCUGAUGAUGAACCAAUGGAUGAAGCUGCGCAUACGAGUAUCGAGAUAACAAAAGAUGACGGAAUGCAGGGCAGUUUCUUAAAUGACGAAGAACAAUGGGUCAGUGUUGUUGGAGAACAGAACAUUACACCUUCCCCUUCCGAGAACAAUCGCUCCAAUGAAGCGGAUUACAUCGAUCCGGAAAGUACUGCGGAAGAAGACAAACCACCUCGCAAAACAAGAGCGCAAACUGUGAAGAAGAAAAAGAUACACCAUCCCAAAGCUGCGGGGAAAACGGCCAAACAAAAAUCGAAGGGAGCACCUGAUCUUAUUGAAUACGAGGAAGGGCCAUCGUUCGAGAUAACGGCGGGCGGCAGUGUACAUGAAAUAUUGGAGUGUAAGAAAUGUUUCGAAAAGUUUUACAACAAACUAUCGCUGGAAAAACACAUCAGUGUACACAUAACGCAGAAUGAAAACGGGACAUAUUCAUGCGAUUUUUGUGACAAAACUUUCGUGAAACUAUCCAGCACAAAACUGCACAUUCUAGCGAACCAUCAGGACUUCAGGACGUACGUCUGUGAGGAAUGUGGCAAAUCGUUCGCUACGAGAAGUGCCUUGAAGGAGCAUCUCAUAAUUCACAGCGAUGAGCAACCGUUCCAGUGUGCGUAUUGUCCCAGACGGCUUAAGAACUUGGGUCGUUUAAAGGCUCACGAGGACACCCACAAUGAGACGGUCUAUGUGUGUCCGCAUUGUGGUCUGAAGCUGAACACGAGACGAACGCUAAACAUGCAUCUGGUUGUGCACUCGGAUAAGAAGAGAUUCAAGUGCCAGUACUGUGGCAACGAAUUCAAACGGGGCAAGGCACUAAAGGCCCAUCUGAUACUGCACACCGGUCUGCGGCCGUACGCCUGUCCGUUUUGUGAUAAAACCUUUACCAACGGUUCCAACUGCCGGAAUCACAAGAAAAAGUUUCAUCCGAAGGAACUGGCAGAGCUGGAAGCAUCGGGAGGACAGCUUCCUACUGCCAACAUUCCGAAGCUGCAGCAGUUGCAACCAAAGACUUUAAAUAAUGACAGCAAAGGAUCGUUGGUACUAAAUUAUCAGGGCAAGGAGUUGAUAAUAAUGAAAGGCGAUGAUACUCAUGGCCCCGAUGCGGAAAGUACUGAUAGCAUAAUUACUCCUAUUCCGGUUGAGUUGGAAGUGAACAUUGAUGGUUCGUUCGGGCAAUACAAGAUAGAAGUGCAAGAGUAAUAGCAGAACACAGUGACAACCUGUUCAAGGCAGUAACUAGUCUAGAUGGUUUGGUCAUUUGAUUACUGAUUUAUCAAGUAGUAAAGCAUAUUACGUUAGGAUACAAUAGGAUUAAACAUUGUAUUCUAAGUGCUAUAUUAUGGACAUAAACUUACAAAAAAAAAGACAACACAGAAACUCCACCUUAUUGUGUAUUUAGAUUUAUGUUAAUUUGAUUCCAGCGUAAGAAUCACUUAAAUCAGAAACACGUGAAACAUGUUGGAGCAGGAAUAAAGGUAGUUUACACAUCACCAAUGGCA